GUAAUCCUUGCUUAUGCAGGGACUCUUCGGUGUAGUUUCUAAAAGUGAAAGCAGAGUCAAGUAGAAUGAUUCACUGCCCAAGAUAAAGGCUUAUAUAGUGCUGCUUUUCCGGAUGUGACUGCCUCUACACCCUAAGGAAGUACAGUCCGUUGCUGUUACGACGCUUUAUGAGCAAGUCCGACUGUUUCUGAACCAACUUAAGGACCUGCUUCUGGAUGACCAAUGAGUAUUUUAGCUGAUAAUGUCGGAUACUAAGUCUCCAACUUUCCAUUCAUUCCAGCUGGUAGCAACGCAUAUAAUGCAAAAAUCACAAUUCAGGAUCAUACAAAUAUUACUCUUAAAACUUUCUAGAUGAUUGUAGUUGCUUUGGUUGUGUUCUAUGCUAGCAGAAGCCUUCUUCGAGGUUUCCUGCUGUCUCUAGAGCACCACGUUCCCCGUUUUCUGGGAGCCUUGGGGACCAGCAAUAUGGGAAACUCCUGUGUUUGCCGAGAUGAUAGUGGAGCUGAAGACAAUGCCGAAUCCCAGAAUCGGCAAACAGAGAACAGUAGAGCACGUGUACCUGAAGCAAGAAGCCACCCAAGGGACCCUGUCCGGCCACCCAGGAGGGGGCGAGGGCCUCAUGAACCAAGAAGGAAAAAACAGAACGUGGAUGGGCUGGUACUUGACACGCUGGCUGUAAUUCGGACAUUAGUAGAUAAUGACCAGGAGCCUCCUUAUUCAAUGAUCACGUUGCAUGAAAUGGCAGAAACAGAUGAAGGCUGGUUGGAAGUUGUCCAAUCUUUAAUUAGAGUUAUUCCGUUAGAAGAUCCACUGGGACCAGCUGUUAUAACAUUACUACUCGAUGAAUGUCCGCUGCCAACAAAAGAUGCAUUACAAAAGUUAACUGAAAUAUUAAAUUUAAGUGGAGCUGCUGCUUGCCAGGACGCAUGUCACCCUGCCAAACAUCGGAAUACAACUGCGGUACUGGGCUGUUUAGCAGAGAAACUGGCAGGUCCUGCAAGUAUAGGCUUACUCAGCCCAGGCAUAUUGGAAUAUUUACUACAUAGCUUGAACUUCCAGUCCCAUCCGACAGUGAUGCUUUUUGCACUAAUAGCCCUGGAGAAGUUUGCACAAACAAGUGAAAAUAAAAUGACAGUUUCGGAAUCGUGCAUUAGUGACCAACUGAUCUUGCUAGAGAAAUGGACAGAUAAUCCAGACUACUUAAAACGCCAGGUUGGAUUCUGUGCCCAGUGGAGUUUAGAUAACCUGUUUUUAAAAGAAGGCAGACAGCUUACAUAUGAGAAGGUUGACUUGACCAACAUUAGGGCUAUGCUGAACAGUAAUGAUGUCAGUGAAUACCUUAAGAUCUCACCGCAUGGAUUAGAGGCUCGAUGCGAUGCUUCAUCCUUUGAAAGUGUUAGAUGUACGUUCUGUGUCGAUUCUGGAGUCUGGUACUAUGAAGUCACAGUAAUUACUUCGGGAGUGAUGCAGAUAGGAUGGGCUACCAAAGACAGCAAGUUUCUCAAUCAUGAAGGUUAUGGCAUCGGGGACGAUGAAUACUCCUGCGCUUACGAUGGCUGCCGGCAGCUGAUUUGGUAUAAUGCCAGAAGUAAACCACAUUCCCAUCCCUGUUGGAAAGAAGGAGACACAAUAGGAUUUCUACUAGACUUGCAAGAAAAGCAAAUGAUCUUCUAUUUAAAUGGAAACCAGCUUCCUGCAGAGAAGCAAGUAUUUUCAUCUGCUGUAUCUGGCUUUUUUGCUGCAGCUAGUUUCAUGUCCUAUCAACAAUGUGAGUUCAACUUUGGGGCAAAACCUUUCAAGUAUCCACCAUCAAUCAAAUUUAGCACCUUUAAUGAUUAUGCCUUUCUGACAGCAGAAGAGAAAAUCAUUUUGCCAAGACACAGACGCCUGGCUUUGCUGAAGCAAGUGAGUAUCAGAGAGAACUGCUGCACACUUUGCUGUGAUGAGAUAGCAGACACAGAACUCAGGCCGUGUGGACACAGUGACCUGUGCAUGGAGUGUGCCUUGCAACUGGAGACCUGCCCGUUGUGUCGACAGGAAAUACAAACUAGAGUCAGACAGAUUUCUCACAUUUCAUGACACACGUGGAGAAACGGCACAGACUUGUUUUUAAUGAACUCCAACCAGUACUGAAGGGGGAAAGCAUCUCUAACCAAUCUUUACGCACAUAGAACCAUAGCCACAGCCAGAUUUCAUGCUAAACUGUAGUCUUUUUUCCUUAAAAAUGAAAUCUUUAAUAAGCUAUUUCAAGUUGCCAGCAAUGGGAAUUAGUUUCAACGGUAAUGAAAGCUGGUAGUUCAGUGUGUUACGGCUGUUGGUUAUCUCCAAGCAAGACCACAGGAGAGAUGUUUCUUUUCCUCCCCCUUUCCUUCUCGCCUGUUGCAAGUGCUGAAAAAAAAUUGCACUGGAAGUACACAUACAAUGCAUUAAAAGAAAAGAAAGGCAAAGAAAUAUCUCCUAGAACAGGGCCAUUCAGUCUUGUGCUCGAAACUCUCUAUUUUUGGCAGAAGUUGGUAUACUGAAAAAGAAUGCCAAUGUUUCUUGUUUAAUGUAGCCUCCUGCUGGUCAGAGACUCUGUAUUUUCAGACAGUGGAUAUUAAACUGCUCAAAGACUUCAUCUGGAUACAGACUGAGUGGGGAGACUGUAGAGAAAUUCACAUUUUUUAAUAACUUGGUGAUUCCAAAGAAUGUUCUGAUUUGUUUUUAAACGUUAAAAGAUUGGCAGUAUUUUCAAGUACAUGAUGUUUCUGAUGCUUUUAACUUCAGUACCUACAUUUUUUUGUAAGGAUAUAAUUUUCAGGAGGUAUUCUUAACUAAUUGUAAUGCUGGACUGGAAUUAGUUUGAUAUUCUGGGUAUUUUUUAAGGUAUCAUCAAUCAUCUUUUUUAAUCAGUAUUGUUUUUGAAAGUUAUGUUCACUUUUUGAAAAUAUUGAGCUACCUUAAAAGAUAGAAUUCUCAGCCAGUUUAUUUAAAAAAAAAAAAAAAAAAAGGUUAUUUGGAUAGCAAGGCCUCUCUGUAGCUCUUUAAAUAUGCACCUUGCUUGCCACGGGUCAGUCCUGCUCUGAGCGGGUUUGGGGCCACACUUUGUAUUUUUUGUAGGGAUCAUUUAGUGGGAAUUUCUGCUCCACUUUAAUUAUACAUUUGUGACAUUCAUAUGUUAAGGAUGCAUUUCAGCAGGCAGCUUUUGACUGUUUUACUAGGUUUCUACAAGGAAUCGGAUUCACAACUGGUGUCAAUUAGAGAAGUAGUGGUAAAGUCAGUGGAGUUAUGCUUAUUUUGCACCAACUGAGGAUAUGACUCGGUCUCUUCCAAGAUUUGUAAAGUUUUUUUUCAUUGUUGUUGCUUUGUUUUGUUUUUUAAAGUAUCUGGAUAUAUAGUAGAACUCUGCUAAUUCGCACACAACUUGCACCAAAAACGUCCCACCUCUUGGCAGUGAUUCAACAACAGAGGCCAUUGUAGUGAAUUCUCAUGCUGUGAUGUAUUUUUUUUAAAAUUGUCUUUAUUGUACUAGUAAAGUAUCCAGUAUUUACAAAGCAAAGCAGA